UGUCAGUGAUUAAUAACGCCUUUCGUUUUCGUAGAAUUGCAUUGUGUCAUGUUUGACUACGUCCUAUGCGUUGAUAUUUUUUCUUCUGCUUCGUACAAAUACGAUACAAUAAAGAACUCUAUCGGGUCUUGCGAAAGACUGAUAUCGAGACAAAGAGAUCGAAGAAAAGAUCAUAAAGUAAUUCAAUAAUGUCACGCGUAAUGUCUCCAGAAGAAAUGUCAAAACAAGUAGGGAUGUUGGAAAUGGAUAAAUGUAUUUCAUCUCGAUUGUGGUACACAUCUCUGAAUGUUUUCCAAGCACACGAUAACAGCGAUUCUUUAAGGGAAUGCAGUCACAACUACAGCGUCGACUUGACGGAAUUGGAGGCUAUAGUCGAAAGUUUGAUUCAUUCUCCAAGUGAAGAGCAAUACCAAUGGAUUGCUUAUAUUUUGCUGUGGAAGCUUGUGAGCAAGUCAUCCAAUAUUCAAUGUGAUAUACAUUGCAAUAUUCAGACACAACUUGACUAUAUACAAAUGAGAAACGCUAUAGAUAUGUGCAGUAAUGCUCCAGAUUAUGUGUACAAGGAAUUAUUGAUGUUUCUUAGGGAUGCAAGCACAAAGCAUUGUACACAAAUAAGCAUCAUAUCCCAACAAACUCUCACAUUCCUAAAAGAGAAUAUAUAUAUCCAUACAGGAAUUGUAUGUUGGAUUAUAAACAAAUUAAUAUCUAUAGUUCCGAAUGCAUUAUGCAAUGUUACUGGUGACUUGCAAGAUAUUUAUUUCUCUACAUUGAAAUUGUGUCUUGAACAUACUUCAAUUAGAAAGAAUUGGUACUCCAAAUAUGAAGUAGCUGAAUCUUGUUCAUUGGAAGCUAGCUUAACUAAUCAAGAUAUUUAUUUGCAAACUAUAUUGUGUCUUUUGUUGCAAAUAGAUAUAGAUGCAAAUGCUGAAAUGCAAUUUUUAAAAACAUUUUAUCUUACAUUAUCAAAAAUACAUAAUGUUAAAGAUAUUGAACUUGCAUUAUACUCAAAAAAAAGUGAGAAAUUAUUCAGCGAAUGGCUCUUAUUUUGGAAAGAAACAUAUGGCUGUUCUGAAGCCGCCACAGCUUUAGAUACAGUGUAUAAAAUUAGUGAAAAUAUAUUUAGAUUAACAGAAGAUUCUAAAAUAGUUCUGUGCAAACAGGAAUUACUCAAGAGGAUAAGCAUAAGAAAAUUGCAUUGGUUGAAUGAUAUUUUAGAUAUUUGUUAUAUUUUAACUGUAAAUAGGAAGUAUAGUGAAGUAGAAUUAUUGUUAUCAUGUGAUUUACUAAAGAGAUUGUAUCCGGUUUUAUUGAUGAAAGCAUUGAAUGAGUGUCCACAUGAAGAAAUUGAUUCUCUUGAAGACUGUGAUAAUGGCAUCUUCAUCUGUGAAUCCAUCAUGUUUUUGUUAGAGAAGUGUUACCCUGAUUUACACAAUGAUUACGAUUUAAAUGAAUUCUACACACUUUUAAAAAACCAUAUUGGCAUUGUGGAAUAUAUAUUAAAUUGGAAAAGAAGAUAUUUUACAAAAAGAUCAGACACUAAGCAAUUAAAGAAUAUACAGUCUGAUGAGAUUGAACAAGUGGUGUCUGUGAAGCAGAUUCUUACUCUUCUGCAGAAACACAAUAUACUUUCUGUAUUGAAGAUCACGACAAAUAUACAUGGUCAAGAUCACAAUGCCAUUCAAGAUUUAUUGAUAGAGUCUACUGAAUCUGAAAACUUUCAAGCGUACUGUAGCAUAGUGAGCGCUUUAAAAGCCAUUUUAUUGUGCGAAUCUUAUAGCACAGAACACGAACAUAUUACUAAAUGCUUCACUGACAUGGUAUCAUAUUUAUCCUCUUUGUAUCCAUUAUCUUUGAGAAUAGAGACAAUGGAGAAUAUAUUUUCAUUGUUGUUUUUACGUCAUGAAGACUUUAACAUUACAAAUGCUAAUUCCAAAGAUAACUGCAAUAUAUCACUUGAGACGACAAAUAACAAUAAGUCAAUGGAAUAUGAGAAAUCAGGCUUUAUGUGUAAUAAAUAUGCCAUAAAAGACAUGCUGCAUUCUUUGUGGAAAAGUAUUAUAGUUACGACGGAAGAAAUCGAAAAAUUGCAGGUAUCCGGAAAGCUCGAGGAAGUGCAAUAUCUUCGCGAGAGUAUAUCAACCUUCAGUAAUUUCAUUUCGGCAACGGCGGAUGCACGAUGGAGAUUGCAAUUUUACAUGAAAUCUGAUUUUAUCGAAAAUGUUACUGCCCCACAAGACGAGACGCAUCAUUCUUCCGCUACAAGUAGAAUAGAACUUACAGUUUCUCCGAAACUAAAUUUUCCACGUCGUAUCAAGGGCAACACAUUCUUUUAUAAAGAGGGUAGCACUUCAGACGAGACUAAAUUGAAAUCCGAUAGCAGUUCGGAGUCGGGCUUAAUAAGCGGUGGUGCUAGACGUAGAAAACGUUCCAGAAAUGCCGCCGUAAUAGCAGAUCCUUCAACAACAAAGGACAGACCGUCUCUGAUUAACUUAAUGUUGGCCUCACAAGAGAGUUUGGUUUUGCAUUGUUUAUGGAGAGGUGAUCUUCAGAAGGCGCGGGAGGUAAUCGAGAAGUUUCGCAUGGAAAACACGCAGUUAGAUGGCGAGGUCCGAUUUGCCGAAGCUCUUCACGCAUUCAAGCAGGAUACGCUCAAAUACGUUUACACGUCAGAUACGACGGAUUCUCCGAAGGAAAGCUUGAAAACUUCCAUGUUAGAAAAUAUAAGACUAGCUGCGCAAGAAGGUGUGCAAUCCUCCAGGUACACGAAUCAACUCGAGACACUUCUGGCGUCGCAGAAGCCGCAUUUACAGUUGCUGAAGGCAAAUAUUCCAAGUAGCAACGAGAUGCUGACACUCAGCGUGCUCGACUUGAGUUUAACCAUAGGACAAACUUAUCAGAUAUCGAGCAAUCUCUGCGACGUGGCUAUGAAGUACUUGAAAUUGUGCGAAUUGCUUGACAGCACGGAACACGCAAAUUUCUUCUUUAAGAUCUAUCAAUUGUUUUACGAGAGCAAGAGCAAUAUAUCGGUGACGACUAUACUGUGCGACGUAAGAAUUCCAUUGUCCAUGAAGGAGUGGAAGGAAAGCAACGCAUUUUGGAGCGAUUUCGGGAACAAUUACUGCGCAUUCAAUGACGUUGAGAGAGCAAAGACUGUCGAGGAACAAUCUUGUGACAAUAAUCGUCUUCUAGCAUUGAAAACGAUAAGAAAGAUGUCUGCUAUUUAUAAUAGCGAUCGAAAAUACCUUCAAAAUAUUUACUCUCAUCUGCAGCUUGUAUAUAGUAUUAUCCCCGACACAAGUAAUGGUGCUAGCAUACAGACAGUGACUGAUUUACUAAAAACGCCGUUACACCGUUAUUUCGGCUAUCAGAUAUUCGACUUGCAGACGGAGCCGGAUAAACUCGAAACGGUCGCCUCUAGUUUGCAAGUGAAUUUAGUCUACAGUAUUCUUGUGAACGCGUGUCCUAAUGUUCCCUGCUAUAGUGAGAGAAAUUAUACCAGCAUCGACGACACUGGAUGUAUCAUAUUGAAUCAGAAUCAAAUCGAAUCGGAUGCGAAGAAUGUCGCGAUUAAAGGGCCGAAUCAAUGUGUUUCGGAGAUAUUGACGGAACUCUUACAAGUUCUAUGCAGCGUGAGCUCGGAACAGUUUCAUCUGGACAGUUCACGCUUGAAGAGUAUCUCUAAUCACACGGACGUGCAAACUAUAUUAAGUAAGACGUCGCACCUCGCUACUCUCGAUCUCAGCGAAUUGUCCGUGGGCGAUGAGACGCUGACAUUUUUUCUGAAUGUUUGGAACGUCAUGUUCCUUCAUACGUGCUUGACUGUAUGGUGCAACGAUCCACCUUUUGAGGACUUGAGGCACAUGGUAUCUUUGGCAUCGGUCGGCUAUGUAAUCGGUGAUCUGGGCUUGGUGACACUCGCCUCUCUUAGAUCAAAGUUGUUAGGCAACCUCUCGAACGACUUCAAGUUCUUCACACGGGUCGAGGAGCUCAAUGAGUUGGCGUGGCAGGACUUAGACCUCGUGCAGAAUUCGAAAGUCGUCUUUGCCAUGGCCAACGAGUUCUAUGGGACGCCUGAAAUUCGUGUGUACGAGACACAGACGUUAAACGAGAGCUUGAACGUCGCGAUACGCGAUUAUGUCUCUCAUUACUCGUCGAGACUUGGCGACGAUUCUAUAGCCGACCUGGCAAGGCGGAAAAUCAGUCUGCCUGAUUUCGUGCGACAGUAUCGGAACGUGUCGUCGCAAAACGCCAGUGCUGGCACAAUGAGCGCUCUUGCGGAUGGACUCGAAACACUGGAGGAUGCCGACGUAGAAUACAUCGCGUUCAACUAUGCCUACGAAGUAAUCUUGAAAUAUCACGAACACAAAGCGCCGGUCGUCAGACCCACGGAUGCCAUGGAAACGUCACUCUGGCAAACUCGCAGACUGAGGCCUAACUUGCUGCAAUACCUGGAAGGCCACUGUUGGCUCCUCUCUUACCUCCUGCAGAGGAUGCACAACGAGAGUCCGACGAUCCUGGAGAACAGCUGCGACAAUACGAGACGCACCGCGUGUCUCGAGAACCUGCUGAAUUCCCCGUGGGUCGACAGGCUGAAGCCGCUAUUUGACGGCAAUCAAACUCUCGCUGCUAUUCACGAUAGCGUGCCCGCGCACGAGUUGUGGAAGCACUUCGAGCGCCGGGGUGACAAUUACAACUGGGAAAAUUCUUUGAAGAUCUUGAACGCUCUAGCCGACAAUGUCACGAGGUACAACAAGGAGUUACUGCGCUUCAAAGACCUACUCUUGAGCCACGUGCUCUCCAAUCUGGGUGUCCUCUCUACCACGAGAGUGCUGCAGUACCUGUAUCAGAUCAAAGACGUGCAUAUAUUGACGCAGACGAUAUUGCACAAUAUCAACAAGUGGCCCAUGAACGUAUGCGAGCACGCCUUGUUCCACGCGUUGCAGCACGAGCACAGUCACAGACUGCCGGCGCACUGCAAACACCGGAUGAACGGUAUCCUGUGCAGGAUAACGAUUUUCCACAAGAUGAUCCCGUACUGCGUGAGCAGGUCGAAUAGCACGUGGUAUGACGUCGUCUAUUGCACGGAUAAGAUCGAUCCAUUCCAGAUCAUCAAAUCCUUAAUCAAUGCGGAUCAGUUCGAGUUGUGCUUGGAGUGGCUGGAGUGUCAAGCGUUCUCCUUGGAGAUACAGCCCUCGGUGAUACAAGACUUCCUGAUCGGCCUCUUGAAGAACGAGGAGCAUGACUUCGAUCAAGCUCUCAAGUUUCUCCAAGCGUUGCCCUCAAGUCAAUCAGUGAAGAUGUGUAAAGGAGUUCUCAAGAAGUUAGAAUCCACUAGCGCGUUAAAGUUCGUCGCUAACUAUUUAUUAGAACAUUGUAAAGCAACGGAAGAAUCUAAAUACCGAAAAACUUUAAUAGGGGUGGACAUCUUGAAGAUGCUGGAGAAUAAAGAUAAAGCGUUAUACAUUCAUCUGAUCAAGGAACCUUUGUUGAUGCUGGAACAAUUGCUAAUGAACUGUAAAUUCGAAAGUAUCCAAAAAAUUCUAACUACUUUACACGAAGACUUGCAGCACCCUGAUAUAGGCAUCGGCAACUUCGACAAAAUCAUAAGAUUAUAUGCCAAAAAAUCGUUGGACUUUCGCGUGUCACUCCAACGCGAUAGUAUCGAAAAUAAAAGCAAGAAUGUUCCACAAUCCAAUCUUGAGACAGAGGACAACGAGUUUGUCAUGCCCGUAAAUGUUCCCACUAAGGAGGAGUGGAUACCUAAUGACAAGGCAAGGGAGUGUAGUUGCUGCGAGGCGGUGAUAUUCUCGAUGUUCAACAGACGUCAUCACUGUAGGAGAUGCGGUCGCGUUGUCUGCGCCAUGUGUUCUCAACAUCGUAUGCAAGUCGCCGGCUAUCCUGCCUCCGUUCCCGUACGCGUUUGCGACGACUGCAAACGUCAAACAGUACUGCAGAUGCGAGCAGCGCAGGACACGUCGACGCCCAGCAGUGAAGCGUUUGAUUAUUGGCGAUUAACAAAGGACGAGAAACACAAUCGUACUAUAAGAGAGGAAUUUUCGUUCGAAUACGCGCCGAACAUUUCACUGUGCCUCGCUAUUCUCAACUUGCAUUCCGAUCACAAGAUGUACACUAGCUUUUUACUGGACUGUUGCGAUGAGAUGAAGCAGUUGCUCCAACCUGUUGGUGGCGGCAGAAUAAAUCCCGAGGUAGAUCACGCAGUGAUUAUCAGAAUGAUACGUUCUCUGCUGGUUGCAGCUAAGGUGAAGUGCGCGAAGCUCGGCUUUAAUACCGGCCUCGCGCAUUGCGAUCGUUUCCUCUCGCAAGUGGAUCUUAUUGCGACAUUAGUCCAAUCCGACUGCUUGGCUCUCAUACCAAAGGACGACUUGAACGAGCACACGCUGAGGAAACUGCGCGACCUCCUCACCGAGAAGGAACAGUGGACGUUAGCCUUGGACGUUAGCACUAAAGCGGGACUGGACACACAAGGAGUGUGGGCCGCGUGGGGCAAGGCGUGUCUGAAAGUUGGUUACUUCGAUCAGGCGAAAGAGAAGUUUUACCACUGCCUCGACAAAAUCGUGCAAGAGGAUCUCGACGGCUGGGUCAUGCUGACAUAUUCUAAGGAGCUGGCCGAAGAAGGCAAGGGAGAGAUAAUCGAGAUGACGUCCACGCCGAAGAGGAGCAAAGCAUUGGACGAGGACGAGCGAGCGAGCGAGGGUCACUCGAAGAGAAACGAAUUCUCCAAGUGCCGGCCGCUGAAAGAUCCUCCGCUGCUGACGGAGAUCCUGCAGAUACUGGAUAACUUGAGCGUACACCGUUCCCGAGCGCAAUAUCCGUCGCAAUUCAGAUCCGACGCGGCGCAGGAGAUCCUGCAGACGCUUAACAGCUUGAAGGCCGUCAGUCAGAAUCAGUUCAACGUCAAGCACUUGACUAGCGCCAAUCAAACGAUUUACUAUCAAGAAAACCUAUAUUAUUUACUGAUGUAUGGAAGUUACAGCUCCAUCUUGCAGUUCUUCCUGAGGCACAAGGAAUUUGAAAAAUGUCUGAUGUAUGUCCUCGAGAACGAUUUAGAGAGCGAACUGUUCCUCAAUGGAAUUUACCUACCCUGUCUGAGAAACGGCGACAUCGCGAACCUCCAUGACGCCAUGAGGACGAAAGAUCCCACUUUGCUCAUGUGGAGGAAGUAUCUGAUCUUCGUUUGUCACUUCAUGGAGAAGAAACAGUAUUGGCACAUUCUGUAUCAGUUACAGCUGUUUAUGAAAGACUGCAUACGAGCGUCGAUGACGUGCAUCCGUUUCUAUAUUAACGAAGCAAACACUUAUUUGGAUCUGCACAACAAGGUGCAUCUGCUGCAAGACGCCCAGAGGCACUUGGAGUCGGAACUGCAGAUCGAGAACUUGAACAAACGGAAGAGGAGCACGUGCUCCGUUUACAACGGCCAAGGCGUAUUAGCGAUGGAGAUGGAACCGUCGGAGAUAGAUAGACAUAUCAACACCAUAUGCAGGCAAACGGAAAUUGCGAAAUUCCUAGCGAAUUGCGAGAGAGAAGAAAGAGCGGCUGCUGAAUUUUUGAAUCUUUUCCCAGACGUCGACGCGGAUAAUUUCCAGACACGUCAAUUGCCCACGUUGUUCGGCGAUCAACAGCAGAAGAUACACUUGGCGGUACUGGCUAUAUUGUGCGGUCGUGAUAUCGAGGAAGGAUUUGGCAUAGCUUUCAGAGUAAUGCAAGACUAUAAUCUUCCUCAACAGAAGGUAUAUUCUCUGGCUGGUCAUGUGUUGGCUUUAAAAAGUAACGUAGCUGCGAUCGAACAGUUGAUCAAAUGUUGUCGUAGCUCUGGAGCGCCUAAUGCCCACGUUAUUUCUGAUCAUGUUCUAACGCAUUGCGUCAAGUUGCUGUUAAAUCGUUCGUACAGCACGCAGAGUCAGACUCUCAAAAAUCAUAUCGACACCCUGGUCAGAUCGAUAAUAGACACGGAACUUAGGAUAAACGCCUAUAUCGAAAGUAAACAAUUAAAAGCUGCGUAUUUGCUUGCUGUUAAACAUUCUAGAGCGCAAGAUAUAAGAAGAAUUUUGAAAGAAUCAGAUAGACUUGGCCAAAAUGCAAUCAAAGCGAUAUGCUUAAAAUGGCUGCAACAAGAACCAAAGGAAUAGGUUUGAGAUACACACAAAUGUGCAAUCUGCUUUCUUAAGAAAAAAAAACUGGUGACAAGACGGUGUAAUUUAAUAAAUGGAAUAGAAGGAAUUCUGCUGAUAUAUUUUGUAAACGAUAUUUAAGAUAAAA